CAUAUUCACUUCUCCAUUUUUAUAACCUCCACCCCAAUACGAAAAUGGGAAGAACUACCCAUUUCCCUUCACUUGCCUUCUUUUUCCUCCUCCUCGUCCUCAUCCUCAUCCUCAUCCUCGAAUGCUCAGCCACACCAAACCUGAAAAUCCGGGCUCGACCACAGCCAUGUAAACAGCUAGUGUUUUACUUCCAUGACAUUCUUUACAACGGCCACAACUCCAAGAAUGCAACUGCAGCCAUUGUAGGGUCACCAGCUUGGGGAAAUAGAACCAUUUUAAGUGGCCAAAACCAUUUUGGCAAUAUGGUGGUGUUUGAUGAUCCCAUUACACUAGAUAAUAAUCUCCAUUCAACCCCAGUUGGCCGAGCACAAGGAUUCUAUCUUUAUGACAAAAAAGAUAUAUUCACUGCAUGGCUAGGUUUUUCAUUUGUUUUCAAUUCUACUGAACACAAGGGUAGUAUAAAUUUCGCCGGCGCUGACCCGUUGAUGAACAAGACCAGGGACAUUUCUGUCAUUGGUGGAACUGGCGAUUUUUUCAUGUCUAGAGGAAUUGCCACUUUGAGCACAGACGCUUUUGAAGGGGAGGUUUAUUUCAGACUUUGCGUUGAUAUCAAGUUAUAUGAGUGCUGGUAAAAAAUUUGAUAUAAGCACGAUUAUAAUUUUUAUAAUAGAAUGUGUUGUUCAAAAUAAGUCUACCAUGGGCUGAGGUGAUUUUCGUGGGAUAUAAAAUUUUCAAUUU